AGGUCAUCUAUCCAUCUAUGCAGAAGAGAAGAGAGAGAGAAUAGUGCGAGCUGGAACUUUGGAAAAGUUGGAGAGAUCCGGGUGGAACACUUUAGCUGCAUCCACUUUUCAACGUCAAUGAGAAAGAAAUUAGUGAUACUGACAGGCAUUUAGUAGCAUUUCAAUAGUGCAUUAUUUGCAUAUUCACCGAAGGCAUCUGAGAACACUCGGGUCUGCACAGCAGACCAAACCUCAGCAUCACCAUGAGAUUCUUCCAUCCGCUGUAUCUGUAUCUGUUGCUGCUGACAGUGCUGCUCAUCAUCAGCGCGGAGAAACAAGAUUUUCUGAAGCUAAGGCGGAAAUAUCGCAGACAUAACUGCCUAAAAAAGCGUUGUCUGCCUCUUCACUCCAUGGUACCGUUCCCUUGAGGUUUUACAGUUGACUGGAGAGAACCCUCUAUACAGGAAUGUUGAACAAUUCAUAUGAUGUGAUGGACAUCAAGAGCCAAACAAUAAGAUUACCAAAGGCCAGCAUUGUACAAACGUUGGAUGGUAAUCAGAAAAAGAGCUUCAACUCAGAAUACUCACCAAAGACUUUUGUAUCCGCCUAUAUACUGUAAUCAACUAAGCUAUGCCAGUCGCUUUUGUAGAGCGAGUGUAUGUUGUGAUUUUAUGAAUGUGUGUUAGAGAAAAAGCCAUAGGGACAUCCACUCCAACCAAAGAUGGGAGAUUGGUUUACCAAAAUCACUGUAAAUAGUUAAGACUGAAUGAAAUGUGUUUAUAUGUAAGUUAUGCACUUCAAAUGUUUUAUUGUUUCCAGCCUAAAU